AAAAAAAAAAAAAAAAAAAAGUUCCACGGAAACCCCAAAAAAAAGUUUGGGCUAUACAAGAGAUUGUUUUCUGCCAGUCACAGUUUGCUCCCUCUCCUCUCUCGUUCACGCUCUACGGCUCUAGUACUGAGAUAAAGACAUUGCAGUUUUGGACCGUGCAUCCCAAACACCAACAUGCAGGCCAGUGAUAGGUUUAACAUCAAUUCCCAGCUUGAGCAUCUCCAAGCUAAAUAUGUUGGAACAGGCCAUGCUGAUUUGAAUAGAUUUGAAUGGGCGGUGAACAUCCAACGCGAUAGCUAUGCAUCCUACGUUGGGCAUUACCCCAUACUGGCAUACUUUGCUAUUGCAGAGAAUGAAUCAAUUGGGAGAGAGCGCUACAACUUCAUGCAGAAAAUGCUUUUGCCUUGUGGUCUCCCUCCUGAAAGAGAAGACGAUUGAGAAUUGCCAUUUGGACCAUAGUCUGAAACAUUUCACUGCCUUUUCGGGCUCAGUUCCCGAAUUUGUGAUAUGCAUGCGUUUUCGUGUUUGCAGGAACAAUUAAUUGUAUUUGAGACCGAUGGAUAGAGUACUUAGACUAUAGUCUCAUCUAGCUUGUGUGUCUGGGCUUGGAAGUUAUAUAACCCUUUGCUAUAAUUGUGAAGCUUAUAUAUAUAACUUUUAAUGUCUGUUAUGGAUUUAUCUAAUUUAUAACCUUCACUUGAAUUGCAAUGAAAGGACCACUUCUCUCCUUGAAUGGAAAGAAGCUUGUACUUAAA